UUUCAAAAUUCUUAUAUUAGACGGUCUUACUAUGAUAUGCUUUCUAAACAUUGGCUGAAUAGUUCAACUAAUACAAAUUAUUAGCUUAUAAACUCUAUUAAGAGAUUGUUUCACCGCUUUCGGUGUUUCACCAAAGUAAAUCAUAAUAUUUGUCUUUGAGGAGGUCUACCUCGAUCAAGCAUAACACCCAAACUUGAAGAAAACAAGCAUGGCUUCAGAACAACUAGUACCAACUACAUCAACAAUACUAAGAAAUGAAGACAAAGCAGUUGUGGAACAAAUGAUGAAAGAAGCCGAGAAAGUUUUACUCUUGGAAAAUCCUAAUGUUGAGAAAGUACAAUUGCAAAUUGCUGGUUGCAUACUAAACAUAACCAACGGAAAUAGGUUACAACUACUAAGUAAGCAUGAUUGGUGCGGCCAAGCAAGUGGACGAGCCAAUUUUCCAGCAGAGAUUCCGAUAGGAGGGACGGCCAAGUUUGUGCACUAUGGAGCUCCUUCUAAAGGCUCUAAGGCUGCUGUGGUCUAUGCUAGUGCCAAUACCGCAUGGCUCUUAGCUUGGUUUGUACCCUUUGGUGAUCAACCUAACAAGAUUUACGUUGAAGAUGGGCCAAAAGAGAAUUAUAAAGCUAUAGAUUGGAAUGGAAUUGAACGGAAACUUGACGCAAGCAGCUACACAAGUGUGCAAGUAGACCCAUCCACAACAUGGCAGUCAAUAAUAGCUAAGAUUAGUGAUGGUAAAAUAGCUAAACUUGGUGUAAUGUUCAUCUGUGGAUGAAGAAUAUCGUUAAGUUUAAUCAUGUUGAUGGAGCUUAUAUGACAAGAACCUAUAUGCUUAAGAUAAACAAAAUCUCAAGCCAUAUUCGAGAUUAAAUUUUAUAUCUUGAAAUUAAGGCUUUAGCAUUGAUGUUGUGAUACCAACAACAAAAAUAUGCAAGAAUGUCAAUAAUAAGAAGAAACAAGAUAUAAUAAAGGGUAUGUACAUUGCUUUCUUAUGUCAAUAAUAAGAGGAUACUAGAUAUAAUGAAGGAUAUGUACA